GAUGUGUUGGAAUUUGGGAUAACAUCACCUGUUGGCGUCCUGCAAAGAUUGGAGAGACUGUCACUGUCCCUUGUCCAAAAGUAUUUAGCCUUUUUUCUGGCAAACCAGGAAAUAUUAGCAAAAAUUGUACGAGUAAUGGGUGGUCAGAUAUUUUUCCUGACAUCUUAAGUACUUGUGGAUAUAAUGACUAUGAAGAUGAUUAUAAGGUCAACUUCUAUGUAAGGGUGAAGGCAAUUUAUACCCUUGGACACAGCGUAUCUCUAAUUGCUCUUACAACAGGAAGUAUAAUUCUUUGCCUUUUCAGAAAACUUCAUUGUACUCGGAACUACAUCCAUCUGAACCUGUUCCUCUCUUUCAUUCUAAGAGCAAUCUCUGUUUUAGUCAAGGAUGAUAUUCUCUAUUCCAGCUCCAACACAGCUCACUGUCCAGAGGAUCAAACCUCAUGGGUGGGCUGCAAGGCUAUUUUGGUGUUUUUUCAGUAUGGUGUUAUGGCAAACUUUUACUGGCUCUUAGUUGAAGGACUUUACCUCCACAUCCUCCUUGUGCUAAUAUUCUCCCCCAACAGACACUUCACAAUCUACCUGCUGAUUGGAUGGGGAAUUCCUACCAUAUUCAUUAUUACGUGGACAGUGACACGGAUUAUUUUAGAGGACACUGGUUGCUGGGAUACAAAUGAGCAUGGUGGUCCCUGGUGGGUUAUACGAAUACCAAUUUUAAUUUCUAUUAUAGUGAAUUUUAUACUUUUCAUUAGUAUUAUAAGAAUCUUACUGCAGAAGUUAAGAUCUCCAGAUGUUGGAGGAAAUGACCAGUCACAGUACAAGAGACUUGCAAAAUCCACAUUGUUGCUUAUUCCGUUAUUUGGAGUUCAUUACACAGUGUUUGCUCUAUUUCCUGACCGCAGUUCCAAUUAUUAUAAAAUAAUCUUUGAGUUGUGUUUGGGAUCUUUUCAGGGGUUGAUUGUUGCAGUCCUGUAUUGUUUUUUGAACAGUGAAGUGCAAGGGGAGCUGAAAAGAAAAUGGCGGAGUUUGUGCUGGAAGCAGACAGCAGGCAGAGAUUACAGACUCCACAGCUCUUCAAUUUCUCGAAAUGGAUCAGAAAGUGUUUCUCAGCUCCACCGGAAUUCAAGGGCUCAGUCGUUUAUGCAGACAGAGACCACCAUGAUAUAAAUCAGCUAGGUCCUCCGAAACAGGAAAAACUGUGGGAUGUAGCAUUCAUUAUGCAGCUUGAUGUGAUACUUUAUAAAAUGUAUAGUUCAGUGCUUUGCUUUUCUACAUGUUGGUAUUUGGGAAAUUGGUUUGUGCAGCCAAGCAGUUAAUAACAAGGACACCUGCCCCAUGGAUGCUUUCUGUUGUUUUUUUGUUUUAAUGGUAUUCAUACUAAUUUUGAUGUUCUCUUGCCAUUUACUAGGCAUAACUAUUCAAAAACUCAUUUACUAUAAUGGUCCCUUUACCUUCCAACAUGUCUACAAGAUAGAUGUGUGGUAUCCUGUUCAAUGCAGACUGCUUUUUUAUGUGUUGAAAUCUUAAGAUGGGAAGCAAGAUUUCUUACACUUUAUUUGUACUUAAGAAAACAUUUAUUCCGUUAAGGAUUAGGAAAUUCUUUCCUAAUUAUGGAAAACAACAUAAAAAUAAAGAAAUGUAAGACUGUAAUUAACCACACUGGGAGUUUAGCUAAUCCAGGAAAUCAUUAACAUUAUUUAUAUAGAGG